UCCGAUCCGAUGUCGCAAAUUACUUUGAUUUGAGUGCUAAUACACUCUGUUUACGACCAAAAUGCAACCAAAAACAAACAAAAAUGUCAAUGCAUUGAAAAAUAAUGAUGAAUAAGGAUGUAAGAAUAUAAGCAAAUAUGUAAAUUGGUGAUAAAAGGGAUACAAUUUGGAAUUAUCGGUCCAUACAAAAAUCCCAAAAGCAGGAAAUGUGAAACAUGGCGGAGGAAACAGAAACCGCCGAUGAAGUGAUAGAAAAAUGUUCGGAUGUUUUCCUUAACGGUGAAUCUGAAAAUUUGGAUGGUACAGGUGAUGACAGCAACUCUCUAGAAAAUGAAGAAAAUUCUAUAUCGGAUAAAAUAAUGCCAAGAAAAAGUAGUUUUAUGAACAAGACUGGGAGUAGAAAACCUCCUAGGAAGAAAACAGUAUCCUUUAGUAGCAUGCCAACUGAAAGAAAAAUAGCUACAGCUCAAGAUUGUCUUUCAUACAUGCAGAAUGGAAGUGAAUUGAUUAAAGUCCGUUCUAACAGUCGUCAGUAUCAUCGGAUAUUUACUCUUAAUCCAGACAUGACAGAAAUCCGAUGGCAACCUACAUCUAAAAAACCACAUAAGGCUAGAAUUUCUGUAGCAAGUAUCAAAGAGGUACGAGGAGGGAAAACCACAGAAGCCUUAAAAAACAAAGAAAUAGCGGGGAUUUACCAGGACGAGUGUGCCUUCUCUAUUAUAUUUGGAGAUGAUUUUGAUUCCAUGGAUCUAAUAGCCAAUACACCUGAUGAAGCCAAUAUCUGGCUUACAGGGUUAACGUGUCUCAUCAACACCAACACAAAAACACGCACUUCACCUGAAGCUAUAGAAGAAAUGCAGCAGAUGAGAGAUAGUUGGUUACAAGAAAUGUUUGAUGCUGAAGCUGACCAAUCAACGGCUAUGUUAGACGAGUCAGGAGUAGUUCGUCUCAUGCAGAAACUAAACAGCAAUAUUGCACCAACCAGAGUUCAACAAAAGGUCAAGGAAAUAGAGUUAAAACGUCAAGAUCCCAGUAUUAAAGGACAAUUAAACACAGAAGAGUUCAUCACAUUAUUUAAGGAAGUGUCGACCAGACCAGAGAUUUACUUCCUUUUAGUUCGAUAUGCAAGCAAUGCUGACUACCUCACCACCGAUGAUCUGUUGCUAUUUUUAGAAGCAGAACAAGGGAUGACCCGAGUAACAAAGGAGAAAUGUAUAGAAAUUAUAAAUGAAUAUGAACCAUCAAAAGACGGCAAGAAAAAAGGCCAGUUAGGAAUUGAUGGUUUUACUCAAUUCUUAUUAUCUGAUGAAUGUAACCUGUUUGAACCAGAGCACAGAGAUGUGUGUCAAGAUAUGUCUCAACCCCUAUGUCAUUACUUUAUCUCAAGUUCCCAUAACACAUAUUUAAUGAAAGACCAGUUACAAGGUCCAUCCAGUACAGAGGCCUAUAUUAAUGCAUUAGACAAAGGAUGUCGCUGUUUGGAAUUGGACUGUUGGGAUGGUCCUAAUGAUGAACCAAUGAUCUAUCAUGGACACACCUUUACCUCAAAGAUAACCUUCAAAUCUGUCAUAGAAACCAUCAACGAAUAUGCUUUCAAUAUUUCCAAAUUUCCAGUAAUUUUAUCUAUUGAAAACCACUGCAGUGUCAAGCAACAAAAAUCAAUGGCUAACUAUAUGACAACGAUAUUUGGAGAUAAACUAUAUUGUGAUAUAGUCGAUGAGAAUGCAACAUGUUUGCCUCCUUUAGAAUCUUUAGCUGAAAAAGUUCUUAUAAAGGGUAAAAAGUUAGAUUUACACACAGAUUCUGAUGAAGGGAUGGUCACUGAUGAAGAUGAAGGGGCGGAGUCAGAGAAAAAGAAAAACAACAAAUCUAGGGAAGGAUCAAUAAAGAAACACAAAUUAGCAAAAGAAUUAUCCGACCUAGUUAAUUACUGUGUGUCAAAACGUUUUAAAGACUUUCAAAUGUCUCAACAUAGUCAGAAAUACUGGGAGAUGUGUUCAUUCAGUGAGUCUACAGCUUUAAAGUUGGCCAUGGCUUGUCCUGAAGAGUUUGUUAACCAUAAUAAACGAUUUCUAUCUCGUAUUUAUCCUAAUGGAAUGAGGGUGGAUUCAAGUAAUUAUAAUCCACAAGAUCUCUGGAACUGUGGCUGUCAGAUGGUGGCCUUGAACUAUCAGACAGCAGGGUUGAUGAUGGAUUUAUAUAAUGGCUUCUUCCUAAAGAAUGGUGCAUGUGGUUUUGUAUUAAAACCCGCCAUUAUGAGAGAAGAAAUUGCUUAUUUUAGUGCCAAUACUAAAGAUGUGAUACCAGGUGUAUCUCCACAGAUACUGCAUAUAAAGGUGAUUAGUGGUCAGCAUUUUCCUAAACCUAAAGGAUCAGGAUCCCGAGGAGAUGUGACAGAUCCAUAUGUUACCGUAGAAAUAUUUGGUAUUCCUGCCGACUGUGCUGAGGAGAGAACCAAAACUGUUCCACAUAAUGGUAUAAAUCCUAUAUUUGACGAGAGUUUUGAGUUCCAGAUUAACUUGCCAGAAUUAGCAUUAGUACGUUUUGCAGUACUAGAUGAUGACUACAUUGGAGAUGAGUUCAUAGGUCAAUAUACAAUACCAUUUGAAUGUAUGCAAACAGGUUAUAGACACAUUACUAUGCUUUCAGCCAGUGGUGAUCCUAUAGAAAAUUGUUCUUUAUUUGUACACGUUGCCAUUACAAAUAAAAGAGGGGGAGGGAAAAGUCACAGAAGAGGGAUGUCGGUGAAGAAAACAAAGAGAAAGAAAGAUUACACAAGUAUGAAGUCUGUUGGUGUUAAAAGUGUGGAUGAAACAUUCAAGGUAGCAAUACAGCCUUUGAGGGAUGGUACAGAUUUACGGGACUCUGUUCAGCUGGCUUUGGCAGAGUUUAAAGAAAUCUGUGGAUUGUCCCCCAUAGCUAAUAUAAAACAGUGUAUCCGUCUCCUAGCAACCAGAGUAUCUAACUCAUCGGAGCAGGCCUCCUUAAACCUUAUUAUGAAGGGAGAUUAUCCCUAUUUAGAAGCUCAAGGAAAUCUUCCAGAUAUAUUAAAGAAAGCUCUAAUAUCUUUUGAUGAGCUGGUAGCAGAGUGUAAAAAUUUGAUAGACCAAGCAGAUGGAGUUUAUGAAAGGUUAAUCCAUUCUCAGAGAGCUGGACUAGAGUGGCAUGAAGAUUUAGAAAAUGUUUGUACAAAUGCUGGACUUAAAGGGAAGAAAUUAACCAAGGCUAUGGAAAACUUUGCAUGGAAUAUCCGAGUCCUCAAGGGUCAGGCAGACCUACUAAUGCAAGCUAAGCAUGACUGUAAAGAAUAUCUUAGACAGAUCGUAGAGACAUCUGGUUCUACUGGUCUGAGGAAGGAAAGUGAUGCUGAUGAUGAGGACCUAGAUAUUCAGAACAGUCCACUUUGAAUACGUCAGAAACGGACUAGAUGUAGUCCAUGAAGGUCACAUAAUGAGUAAAACAAACCAGACAAUGUCCUCAUCAAGGAAGACAAUUCUAGUGUAGAUUGGUGUCAUAGAUUUUAAGUUCUAGACAUGAAGAGUUUGAGGCUCUACAAUAAUGCCAGAUUCUCCAUUACAUAUAUGGUGCAUCAUUUUAUAUACUGAUAACAAAACCUGGUGUUAUAUCAGUUAACCUUCAGACAAGUAGCUAUUGUAACUGAUUGGCAAAAAAAUAAUUAUAAUGGUAUAAAUUAUACAUUGUACAAAUAAUCUUUAUUAUAGAGCCUUUGAAAUGAAGUAAUGUAACAAUUAGAGUUGCUUCUCCUUAUUGAUCUGUUUGCUAUAGAUUGACAUUUAUAAUUCAGUGUAAUUGACAAUAUUUAUGAUUUGCUUGUGUUCAAAUAUAUAAAAAUGGUGAUGUAUCUAAAGGGAGAUAAUUUCAUAAUAAGGACAAAAACAAGAAAAGAAUAAUGACGAAGGUCAAAAACUGGGUUGCUCAAGAUGUUGCCUGUCGGUUCAUUUAUUGCUUGUUAUAUUUAUUUUGUUUAUGUUUGUAUGUUAAUUAUGUUAAUUAAUUUUGUUCAGGGUAGAAAUGAUACAAGUGUUAAGUAGGUAGAAUUCAUACAAUGAAGCAUGGUAGUAAUUAAUUCUGUCUCAGGUACAAUUCCUUUUUCUUCUCUUUAUGGGUUUUCCUGGUCAUGUAUUAAACUUUGUCCCAUAUUCAAAUCAUGUUUGUUCUUUUCGUGGUGGUUCAUUGUCAAAUUUUGUCAAAUUUGUUUACGUACAUGUUUAAUCCUCUAUGUUCUCUCCGAGGUGUUUCAUUGAACAUUGUCCUGAGAAAAUUUGUGAUUGUCUUCUCCGCAGAGUUUAUGGUCAAAUUUUAAAACUUUGUUUCAAUACAUGUUUAAUCCUCUUUGUUCUCUUCGUGGUAUUUUGUCAAACUUUGUCUUAGAGUACAAUUCCUGUUUGUCUUCUCCAUUGUGUUUCAGUUCUAAGCAGAAAUAGAUAUUACUUCAAUUCACUUUCACAGACUUGUAUGUGUUAACCAUCCAUUUUAAUGCCCCACCUACGAUAGUAGAGGGGCAUUAUGUUUUUCGGUCUGUGGGUCCAUUCGUCCGUUCGUCCGUCUGUCCCACUUCAGGUUAAAGUUUUUGGUCAAGGUAGUUUUUGAUGAAGUUGAAGUCCAAUCAACUUGAAAUUUUGAACACAUGUUCCCUAUGAUAUGAUCUUUCUAAUUUUAAUGCCAAAAUAGAGUUUUGACCCCAAUUUCACGGUCCACUGAACAUAGAAAAUGAUAGUGCGAGUGGGGCAUCUGUGUACUAUGGACACAUUCUUGUUUAAUAAGGCUACCUAUUUUGUUUCCAGAUUUAUAAUAUAAAGCAAUGUAUCCGAGCUAGCACAAACUAUGUCCUGUGUUCUUGCACCUAAAAAGUAAGUGGCAUAAUCAGGUGAAGUUGUGUGGAAUCUGACAGUAAUGUUUGACUUUGUAACAUUGAUGUCAAAAAAUGGAUCGCAAAAAAGAUGGUUAAAGAAUGAAAAUUGUUAAUAGCUUACAUUCAUCAAUCUUCAGCCAUGUUAACACAAUUUUCAUCAACAGAGAACUCUGUCUGUCCUUGCUUUAGGAGUUUUCCAAAUAUUCAAAAUUUUAUAUGAUUUUUUUUUUAUGAUAAUUGAUUACAUUUUAAGUAAUCAGUCAUUAAUUUUUUCAGAUAUUUAAUAGAUUGUUUUAUUUUUUAGUCAUGUGAUACAAUGUUUAACACAUAAUAAUAUAGACAUGUGUUCAGAUAAACAGUAGUAUACAAAUGAAUCUCAUCCAUUUUUUAUUUCUUUAAUCAUGUAUAAAAGUCGUUUAAUUAGUGUGUAAUGAAUCAUUAGUGCUAUAUAUAUCUAUCUAUGUAUAUGUUAUAAUUUGUAUGUUUAUAUAAAAAAAUCUAGUAUUUAGUAAAGCUAAGUUGAAAAUGUGUAUGAACUUGUGUCCAAAGAAGUACAGUAUGCAACUAUUCGUAGAUAUAAAAUUCACCAUUAUCAGUGAUUAUAUAAUAGCAAUUAUUAGAUAUACAUUCUCUGAUUCUUUAACGAAUUUCUUGAAUCUGUUUUUAUUAAAAGAUUAGAAUGUCAUUAAACAAAAAGCAAAUUUAGAAAAGUUUUCAAUUAAACAAAUCUGUUAUUUCUUGUUUAGUCAAUUUCUGUUAUGUACUAAGGGAGGUAAUUCUGAUUUAUUUUUGUAUUUAACAGUAUUCUAUCCAUACACAGUUUUGAGAAAAAUUUGGUGGGACAAAAUAAAAUCAUCAAAUCAUGGCUUUUCCCAGUUGAUAAUUGGACAAUUAACUUAUUUUUAUAAGUCAACGAUGUUAUUAUAAUACCUGUGACAUAUAGUGGUCAAUACAUUUCGGACACUAUCUUUUAAUCUAGUCUUAUGUAAAUUAUAGAAUCUCAGAAAGAUAAAGUUUUGUUUUAAAUAUUUGUUUGUGGUGGUACUUAGUUUGAUUUUUGUGUUGUUUGCUCUUUUAACUAGAGUUACAACCAGUGUAUGUAUUUACAAUUGACAGCCAGAUAAUUGUCUUGCCUGAGAUAAUUGUCUUGGCUGAGAUAAUCGUCUUGCCUGAGAUAAUUGUCUUGCCUGAGAUAAUUGUCUUGCCUGAGAUAAUUGUCUUGCCUGACAUAAUUGUCUUGACUGAGAUAAUUGUCUUGCCCGAUAUGAUUGUCUUGGCUGAGAUAAUUGUCUUGCCUGAGAUAAUUGUCUUGGCUGAGAUGAUUGUCUUGCCUGAUAUGAUUGUCUUGGCUGAGAUAAUUGUCUUGCCUGAGAUGAUUGUCUUGCCUGAGAUAAUUGUCUUGGCUGAGAUAUUUGUCUUGGCUGAGAUAAUUGUCUUGCCUGAGAUAA